AUGCUCGAUGUCGACUUCGAAUGGUUCGAUCCUCAACCCGAGUUCGACUUCCACGGGAUAAAGACACUCCUACAACAACUGUUCGAUGCGGAUGCUCAGCUAUUUGAGUUGUCCGCACUCACCGACUUAAUCCUGUCUCAGCCAACCCUCGGGUCCACUGUCAAGGUGGAUGGAAAUGAAACAGAUGCGUAUGCAUUUUUAUCUAUCGUGAACCUCCAGGAGCACAAGGACAAGCCCGGUGUAAACAAAAUCAUUCAGUACCUUCACUCAAAGUCCAAAUCCAAACCCGACCUCGCUCCCUUGGCCAAACUUUUAUCUCAGCCAACCAUACCCGCGAUCGGCCUGAUCCUGACAGAGCGUUUGAUUAAUGUCCCUUCAGAGGUGGUCCCUCCCAUGUACACCAUGCUGCUUGAAGAGAUGGAAUGGGCGAUCGAAGACCAAGAGCCGUAUGACUUUUCCCAUUACCUCAUCCUUUCAAAGACCUACACCGAGGUUGCGUCGACGCUUGACGCUGAAGAUGAUCGGCCCAAAAAGAAAAAGAAAGCUGCUGCAGGUUCGUCUGAGACAAUGUAUUUCCAUCCCGAGGACGAGGUUCUGCAAAGACAUGCCGUCUGUCAUGGCGGUUUUGACUACUCCAUCCAACAGGAUGAGGGACACUCGGAUUCGAAACGGGCAUUCCAAGAGCUCGGAAUCAAGCCUCAAGGCCAUGUCAUUCUGAUUUCAGGUGACCAAUUCAAGGUUACCGUUCAGGAUGUUGCCGAGUACUUGAAACCCCAGGCUUGA